CCUCGGGGCAGAGAGGAAGCAGGAACCUCACCGACCCUGCAGGCUCUGCUAGACGGAGUCGGUGUUGGAAGCCCUUCUGCCAAGCCUCUGUGGAAAAUAUGCCUCGAAGUUAUUUAAAUUCCUUCCAUGUACCUCUCCAGCAAUUUUCUUCACACCCAUCCAUCGUCUCCCGGAGUUCGAGUGGAAGGAUGCACCCCGCGCUUCACAGCCGCGCUUACACUUUGUCAAUUUAGCAAUUCUGAGAACAGACCCAUCCCUUUUUAAAAAAUUACUUUUCACGAUAUUUUCACUUUUCUGUGCGUGUGCCCGGAUUUCGUCCUCUAACGCAUUGGAAGAUCAGCUUUGAAAUUAAAAAACAAUGGAGAAGACUCAAGAAACAGCCCAAAGAAUUCUUCUAGAACCUUACAAGUACUUACUUCAGUUACCAGGUAAACAAGUGAGAACCAAACUUUCACAGGCGUUUAAUCAUUGGCUAAAAGUUCCAGAAGACAAGCUACAGAUUAUCAUUGAAGUGACGGAAAUGUUGCAUAAUGCCAGUUUACUCAUCGAUGAUAUUGAAGACAACUCAAAACUCCGUCGUGGCUUUCCAGUGGCACACAGCAUCUAUGGAAUUCCAUCUGUCAUCAAUUCUGCCAAUUAUGUAUAUUUUCUUGGCCUAGAGAAAGUCUUAACCCUUGAUCACCCAGAUGCAGUAAAGCUUUUUACCCGCCAGCUUUUAGAACUCCAUCAGGGACAAGGCCUGGAUAUCUACUGGAGGGAUAAUUACACUUGUCCCACUGAAGAAGAAUAUAAAGCAAUGGUGCUGCAAAAGACAGGUGGACUAUUUGGAUUAGCAGUAGGUCUCAUGCAGUUGUUCUCUGAUUACAAAGAAGAUUUAAAGCCACUACUGAAUACACUUGGGCUCUUUUUCCAAAUUAGGGAUGAUUAUGCUAAUCUACACUCCAAAGAAUAUAGUGAAAACAAAAGCUUUUGUGAAGAUCUAACAGAGGGAAAGUUCUCAUUCCCUACUAUUCAUGCUAUUUGGUCGAGGCCUGAAAGCACCCAGGUGCAGAAUAUCUUGCGCCAGAGAACCGAAAAUGUAGAUGUUAAAAAAUACUGUGUACAUUAUCUUGAGAACAUAGGUUCUUUUGAAUACACUCGGAAUACUCUUAAAGAGCUUGAAUCUAAAGCCUAUAAACAAAUUGAUGCAUGUGGUGGGAACCCUGAGCUAGUAGCUCUAGUAAAACACUUAAGCAAAAUGUUCAAAGAAGAGAAUGAAUAAUAUUAAGCCAUUCUUGAUUAGGCCUGAUCGCUUAGUUGACUUUUUUUUUUGUCUUUUAGCCCAUUACCUUUUUUAAAAUUUGGACCAAGCUGUUCGUCUCCAAAAACUGAGUGAUAGUGGUGAUGUGAGUGAGGUUGUUUCAAUAUAGAAUCCCCGUGUACAGAUAAUCAUAGUACCAAGUUGAAGGAAUCAAAAGGAGCCACAUUUAAAUGAGUCUAACUUGAAUGUCAGAAUGUGCUGUGUUGGGACGUUGUGGCCAACUCUGCCAUGCAUGUUCUGUUGAUUCCGUCAAUAAAGACUUCAGCUCCAGGAA